GUUCACAAAUUAUAUGCAAUCGCAAGCGAGCAGAAUGGCGAGGUCCAGUGGUAGUAGACCAGUGGCCCUCGUGCUGCUGGCGCUGUGCGCCGCCGCCCUCUCGUCGGCCACGGUGACCGUGAAUGAGCCCAUCGCCAAUGGCCUCUCCUGGAGCUUCUACGACGUUUCCUGCCCGUCGGUGGAGGGCAUCGUGCGCUGGCACGUCGCCGAGGCCCUCCGCCGCGACAUCGGCAUCGCCGCGGGGCUCAUCCGCAUCUUCUUCCACGACUGCUUCCCGCAGGGCUGCGACGCGUCCGUCCUCCUGUCUGGUUCCAACAGCGAGCAGAUCGAGGUACCCAACCAGACGCUGCGUCCCGAGGCGCUCAAGCUCAUCGACGACAUCCGCGCCGCCGUCCACGCCGUCUGCGGGCCCACGGUGUCCUGCGCCGACAUCACCACGCUCGCCACCAGGGACGCCGUCGUCGCGUCCGGCGGCCCCUUCUUCGAGGUUCCUCUCGGGCGGCGCGACGGUCUGGCGCCGGCGUCAAGCGACCUGGUGGGCACCCUGCCGGCGCCCUUCUUCGACGUGCCGACGCUGAUCGAGUCGUUCAAGAACCGGAGCCUGGACAAGGCGGACCUGGUGGCGCUGUCCGGCGCGCACACGGUGGGCCGCGGCCACUGCGUCUCCUUCAGCGACCGGCUGCCGCCCAACGCGGACGACGGCACCAUGGACCCGGCGUUCCGGCAGAGGCUGACGGCUAAGUGCGCCAGCGACCCCAGCGGGAACGUGGUGACCCAGGUGCUGGACGUGCGCACGCCCAACGCCUUCGACAACAAGUACUACUUCGACCUCAUCGCCAAGCAGGGGCUCUUCAAGUCGGACCAGGGCCUCAUCAACCACCCGGACACCAAGCGCGCGGCCACCCGCUUCGCGCUCAACCAGGCCGCCUUCUUCGACCAGUUCGCCAGGUCCAUGGUGAAGAUGAGCCAGAUGGACAUCCUCACCGGCAGCGCGGGAGAGAUCCGCCGCAACUGCUCCGUGCGCAACACCGCCCUCGGAGAUGUCUCAUCGUCAGCCCACCAGCUCGAGACCACCGCCGGCGACGAGGGGCUCGCGGCCGACGCGUGAAAUGAUGAUUAGCUGCUGUUGUUUUUUCUCUGGUCUCCUUCGAUUCUGUUGAAAUAAGGCUUGCUGCAUCAUCGGUAUAGUUUGCAUUCUUCUACCCAUCAAUAUGGUAUAUCUUCCUGUGUCAGCCCCGUGAUUACCAUGCAGACCAACGCGUGAGCAUCUAUAUGUCUUAACAAUAUC